GGCAGUGGGUCCUUCCGGGGGGGUGACAUUCAGCCGGCCAUUUGGGGCGAUGGACUUUCCAUCCCAGAACCAUGGCCCAAUUUAUCCGUAACCUUGUGGAGAAGACCCCGGCGCUGGUGAACGCUGCUGUGACUUAUUCGAAGCCUCAGUUGGCCACAUUUUGGUACUAUGCCAAGGUUGAGCUGAUUCCUCCCACCCCUGCUGAGAUCCCUAGAGCUAUUCAGAGCCUGAAAGAAAUAGUCAAUAGCGCUCAGACUGGUAGCUUCAAACAACUCACAGUUAAGGAAGCUGUGCUGAAUGGUUUGGUGGCCACUGAGGUGUUGAUGUGGUUUUAUGUUGGAGAGAUCAUAGGCAAGCGUGGCAUCAUUGGCUAUGAUGUUUGAAGACCAAUCUUUAACAUCUGGUUAUAUUUGAUUUAUUAUUUGAGUGUUGUUGGACCACGUGUGAUCAGACUGCUAUCUGAAUAAAAUAAGAUGUGUUAAAAAAAAAAAAAAAA